CUAGCCGUGUCGCCGCCAUUGCUGGGAGCGUUCCCGCCCUGCUCUGCGAGUGCCCUCAGUUGUCCUCAGUUCGGCCGCCAGAUAUGUCUUUGCUGGAUUCCACUCUUUCUAGAGAGAGGGAAGAGGCAGAGAUUAUGGCUGCUAUGGUUUUUUCUAUUGGACAUCUGAGUCCUGAAGUUACCCAGGCAGAUGAAGAUCUUCACCUUCAGGCAGAAGAAACAGAAGUGGUAAAGGAAUCAGUGACAUUUAAAGAUGUGGCUAUUGACUUCACUUUGGAGGAGUGGAGAUUGAUGAACUCUAUGCAGAGGAACCUGCACAAGGAUGUGAUGCUAGAGAAUUACAGGAAUCUGGUCUCUCUGGGGCUUGCAGUUUCCAAACCAGACAUGAUAUCUCAUUUGGAGAAUGGGAAAGGGCCAUGGUUGGUGGUGAGAGAAAUUUCAAGAACCACUUAUCCAGACAUGGAGACCAAACCUACAAUCAAGAAUGCUAUUCUAGCAGAGGAUGUUUCUGAAGAUUUAUCACAGGAGUCCAUAAUAGAGAAUUUCACAGAGAAUGAUUUGUGCGAUUCUAGAAUAGGAAGAUUAUGGAAAUGGAAUGACAAAAUAUUGAAACUGCAAAAUAGUCAGGAGGAUUAUUUGAGUCGAAGCAUAGUUACACACAAGAAAACUCCCACUGGUCAAAGGGGCUUUAGAUUUGGAUCUAUUCUUUUUCCAGAAGCAGGAGUUAUCAGAGAAGAGCCCCACAGCAAAUGCCAAACACAUAUGGAAUCUUUCACAGAAAAUUUAAAUUUGAUUACAGAUACCCAUAUGGGGAAGAUAAUUUGCAAUGAUAUGGAAGGCAGCAAAAUCUUAAGGCAGACUUUAGAAUAUACUUUGAAAAAAUCCAGUAAUAAAGAAAAACCUUAUAAAUGUAGUACAUGUGAAAAGGCCUUUCAUUACAGAUCAUUACUCAUUCAACAUCAGAGAACCCACACUAAAGAAAAACCCUAUGAAUGUAGUCAGUGUGGGAAAACAUUCAGCCAACCUUCAUACCUUAGUCAGCAUAAAAAAAUUCAUACUGGAGAAAAACCCUAUAAAUGUAAUGAAUGUGGAAAGGCCUUUAUUGCUUCUUCAUCACUUAUGGUACACCAGAGAAUUCAUACUAAGGAGAAACCUUAUCAAUGUAACGUUUGUGGAAAAUCCUUUAGCCAGUGUGCUCGUCUUAAUCAGCACCAGAAAAUUCAAACUGGAGAGAAACCCUAUAAAUGCAGCGAAUGUGGGAAAGCUUUCAGUGAUAAAUCAAAACUUACGAGACAUCAGGAAACUCAUAAUGGUGAGAAACCUUACAAAUGUAACGAUUGUGGGAAAGCUUUUAGAAAUAAGUCAUAUCUUAGUGUGCAUCAGAAGACCCAUACUGAAGAGAAACCAUAUAAAUGCAAUGAGUGUGGGAAAUCUUUCAAGAAUACCACAAUUUUUAAUGUUCAUCAGAGAAUUCAUACUGGAGAGAAACCCUUUAGGUGUAAUGAAUGUGGGAAAGCCUAUAGAAGUAAUUCAAGCCUCAUUGUACAUAUAAGAACUCAUACUGGGGAAAAACCAUAUGAAUGUAAUGAAUGUGGGAAGGCAUUCAACCGCAUAGCAAAUUUCACAGAACAUCAAAGAAUUCAUACAGGAGAAAAACCCUAUAAAUGUAAUGAAUGUGGGAAAGCAUUCAUUAAUUAUUCAUGCCUUACUGUACACCAUAGAAUGCAUACGGGAGAGAAACCUUAUAUAUGUAAUGAAUGUGGAAAGGCCUUUAUGCGUUCUUCAUCUCUAAUUAUACAUCAGCGUAUUCAUACUGAAGAGAAACCUUACUUAUGUAAUGAAUGUGGGGAAUCUUUCAGAAUAAAGUCUCACUUAACUGUACAUCAUAGGAUUCAUACAGGAGAAAAACCAUAUAAAUGUACUGACUGUGAGAGGGCCUUCACCAAAAUGGUAAAUCUUAAAGAGCAUCAGAAAAUCCAUACAGGAGUAAAACCCUAUAAAUGCUAUGAUUGUGGAAAAUCUUUCAGGACUAAAUCAUACCUUAUUGUACAUCAAAGGACCCAUACUGGAGAAAAACCAUAUAAAUGUAAUGAAUGUGAGAAAGCUUUUACUAACACAUCACAGCUUACUGUGCAUCAAAGAAGGCAUACUGGAGAGAAGCCUUAUAAGUGUAAUGAAUGUGGGAAGGUUUUCACAAGUAACUCGGGCUUCAAUACUCAUCAGAGAACACAUACUGGAGAGAAACCAUUUAAAUGCAAUGACUGUGGGAAAGCAUUUAGCCAGAUGGUACAUGUCACAGAACAUCAGAAAAUUCAUAGUGGAGAGAAGCCUUACAAGUGUGAUGUCUGUGGAAAGGCCUUCAGAAGAGGUUCCUACCUUACAGUGCAUUGGAGAACACAUACUGGAGAAAAACCCUAUACCUGUAAGGAAUGUGGAAAAGGUUGUAUUACUCUAUCACAACUGACUCUGCAUCAGAGGAUUCACACUGGGGAGAGACCCUAUAAAUGUGAAGAAUGUGGAAAAGCCUUCAGAACUAACUCAGACUUCACUGUACACUUGAGGAUGCAUACUGGAGAAAAACCCUAUAAAUGUAAUGAAUGUGGAAAAGCCUUCAGGAGUAGCUCAAGCCUUACUGUACAUCAAAGAAUACAUCAGAGAGAAACUCAGUUAAUAUAGAGGACAAUAAUUUAUUCAUAUAUUAACUCCAUAAGAAGAAUCUUAUGAACUAUACUUUAUGAAUGUGGGAAAAUAUUCAGCAUAUAUCCACUGUAAAAAUACACACUAAAAAGACACGAGUGUGGAAAAGCAUUUAAUCAUGCCAAAUCUCAGACGUUAUAAGAAAAUUCACAUUAGGGGAAAGUAAUGGACAGAUGAAAGUGUCUCAUACUUUAUUCAUUUAGGAAUUAUCUCUAAUUAAUUGCCUAUAUAUAUAUAUUUGCCUAUUUUUAUUUAUUUAAACUGCCCUCAUUAUAAAUACAGAGAUGCUUUUAUAUAUUUUAGAUACUAAUAUUUUGUCAUUUGCACAGCAUAUGUUUUUCUUUAGCAUUUGUCUUUAUGCCUCUUGUAUACAGUAAAGCCACGUCAUUUUGUUGCUUAUAGUAAAAUAUAUAUUUUUAGGUUCUUGAUUUACUCUUUAUUAGUUAAAGGGUCUCCUUAAUCUCUUGGUUAUGCGCAGUAUCCUAUAUUUGUUUAUAAAGUUUUAAAAAUUUUAAAUCUUUUAUUCAUUUAGACUGGAUGGCUCUUUAUAAAAGAGCAACUCCAAAGAGCCAUUAACCCAUGGAAAGAUUUUCAACAUAGAUAAUACUCAGGGAAAAGCAAAUAAAAGGGCCAAUAAGAUGAAACUUCUACUUUAGAGAAUCAGCAGAAAUUAAGAGAUCUUUUGCUAGCAGGGUUGGGGAAACUACAUACUCUUAAAGGUUGUAUAAUGUAUAUUUCCACCAGCAAUCCAACAAGAUAUAUUUUAAAAUGUAAAAUACGUAUACCUUUUAAGCCAGCAAUCUCACUUUUGGGAAUCUGUCUCAUACAAAUAAAAGCAACAUCAAUGUAUAAUAAUAAUGAUGAUAAGGAUAUUUGUUGAAGUAUUGCUUAUCGGGAGAAGGAGAAAAAUCCCCGAACUGAAAACAAAGUGAAUGCCUAUUAAUAGGGAAAUGGUUAGAUGAAUUAUGAUAUAUUCAUAUUAUGGAGCAGCAUGAGAAUAAUUUUUUUAAAUGAAUAGCUAUACUUACUGACUGUAUUCUAUUUCCACAAUGUAUUGAUAAACAAUUGCUUUUUAACAGAACUGUAUAUAUGCAAGAUUUCAUUUUUGUUAAAAUAAUAGUCACACCCAUGUAUUAUGUAUUUAUGUCUGUAUGUGAUUAGAUGUGCAUGGAGACAGGUAUGGAGGAAUAUACAUCAGACUGGUAAUAUUGAUUGCCUUGAUGGGAGGGAGGGGGGAGGGGAAGGACUGUAAAAGUAGAAAAAUGUGUCUCAUGUAUGUCAUAAAACUGUGUAAUAUGUAUUUAUGUGAACUUUUGAGAGAGGAAUGAAGCGAUGGUCUCCAAAAAAAUUAAUAAUUGCUCUUUCAGGUUUGGUGAAAUAU